UCUACAUCUCUUCAUAAUUAACCAUUCCCUUUUCUUUAUUUACUGUUAUAAUAUUAAUAAUAAUAUGCUCUCUGAACUGUUCUUCAAAUUAAGUGAUUAUCCAAUUUAAAGUUGAAGAGUUUUACUUGUUUGUUUGUGAUCAAAAGAAGAAUUGAUCGAAGAAAUGGAGUUCAUUACAAUGCCGCAUGGGAUGAUUAUAACCCCAAAUCCCGCCGGGUACAUGGUUCCCGCCGCCGAUUUACUGUUCGCCGCCGGAAGCGCAAGGGCGAUGCUCUCGCCGGAACCAGCAGCUCCUCUGCAGCCGAUGCCGCCGCCGGCGCAGCCUCUGAGCAGGUACGAGAACCAGAAGCGGCGAGACUGGAACACCUUCUGCCAGUACCUCCGAAACCACCGCCCGCCUCUGUCGCUGCCGCUCUGCAGCGGCGCUCACGUGCUGGAAUUCCUCCGGUACCUGGACCAGUUCGGGAAGACGAAGGUCCACACGCAGAACUGCCCGUUCUUCGGCAUCCCCAAGCCGCCCGCCCCCUGCCCCUGCCCGCUAAGGCAAGCUUGGGGCAGCCUCGACGCGCUGAUCGGGAGGCUACGCGCCGCCUACGAAGAGCACGGGGGGAAGCCGGAGUCGAACCCGUUCGGCGCACGCGCCGUCAGGCUGUUCCUCCGCGACGUUCGGGAUUUCCAGUCCAAAUCCAGAGGAAUCAGUUACGAGAAGAAGCGGAAGAGGCCCCCCGGUACGACGUCGUCUAAGCAAAUCGUGCUUUCGGCUGACUCUCAAGCUUCUCAUCAUGCAAUAAGUAAUGCUUCUCAUUAUUGAUAUUUUUUCCCCUCUGUUAUUAAAAAAAUAAAUUUUUGAGAACGUUCGACUCUUUAUUCAUGAUGUAAGCAGGGCCAUUAUUGUGACUUGAUUA